AGAUCAAUUCAUUGCGCAGUUUAUAAUUCAGACAUUUCGUUUGUAUGAUAUUAUGUUUGGUCAGGAGAUAUUUGUUUAAAAAUUUGGGUAAAUAUACACGUAUAUUAUGUCAUCGUUAAAGACGGAAAUAUCAUGUAUAAAAUAUGUAAGUCAAAACAAUGGUAGCAAUACGGAAAAAAGACUGGAAAUAUAUCGCUAAGUCCGACUUGAUAGCAUUUUAUAAAAGAAAAUACCUAUUCAAAAAACGUAUCUAUGAUUCAAGAGGUUUGUGUCGUGCAGAGUGGAAAGUGGUCAAGAAAACUCAACAUAUGAUUGCUCGUGACAUAUGUGAAGCAUAUUCCAGUCAUUUAUAUACUAGUUGCAGUGAUAGUUCACAUCCUAUGCUAAAUAAGCGAACCCUAGACCGAGGGGGGUGACUUAAUUUGAUUAUAUACUUGAUUUUAAUGUGCUAACAUAAAAUUGAUCUAAUAGUAUCAAAAAGCUGGCCAGGGGCUAACCAAAAUAGUGCAAUAAAACACAAAUUGUACGAUAAAUCGUUAUUCAUAUUACCUCGUAUGCAUGUUAUCAAGUGUCACGGUAUGGCUAACAACUUUGUAAGAAACAAAUUCCCACAACAGGUUUCAACUGAUCAAGCCAGCCAAGACGGAAGUGAAAUUGCAUUUUCUGAUGGAGCAUCGUUCUCUUCAUUUUCCGCAGUGGAUGGUUAUCUUUUAAAUUCUGAACAACAUUUUGUCAGAAAUGGUAUUUCAGAUGUAACUGGACAACAGCAAUUAACAUGUGAAAAUUCCACGGAAACAGCGACAACUACACGAAUACCAACGCAACCAGCAAGACAUCCAGAUUAUAUAGAUAACAGUCAAAGGCUUAGAUCCUACGCUAGAUGGACGCGUUCAAAUCCAGGUCCAAUCUGCCUGUGUGAUGCCGGUUUUUUCCUUACCGAACCACCCAGGAUAAAACAUGACAUGUGACAGAAACAACACAAAUUACUUGUUCAUUUUGUGUAAACACCAUCGGUACUGGAUGCAUUGUGUAUAACUUCUAACAGUAUGUAUAAUCUUCAUCCGAUUAAUACACAGACAAAUCGAACAAAGUUAAAAGAUAGACUGUUGUAUUUGUUUGAAAGGCAGUGGAUAACUUCUCAGACGGAAUUGUAAUAAUUUUCAGAGUGAUUGAAAUGGAAGUGUGCUCAGCCGAAGUUUUUUCUUUUGGAACAAAUUAACACAUACUGCGUUCAGUUUAUAAUCUGUAGCAUUAUAUGCAUAAAUUGUUCUUGUGUAUACUUUUUUCUGGAGCAUAUAUAACACUUAAAUAUAAUACAAUGUGUUGAACUCAGAGUGUUGUUGGACCAACACUACUUAUACAAAUAGUGCAUGGUUAGACAAGUUUUAUUUCCUCUGUAAUGCUCUGUAUUUGAUGACUUUAUUUCAAUAAAUAACUUUACUUGAUGAUACAAAUAGGUUUUAAGCAUUUUAAUUCCUGCGGUCACCAAAAAUAUAUUUGUGCUUAUAAUAUCUGAGUUUUAAUCUUGAUAUAUUUUCAUGCACAUUCAUAAAAUUCUUUAUUAGUCAAUUUUAAAUAAAGAGUUUAAAUCUAUCUGGCAGAUUGCCGACAUAAGCAAACCAAAUCUGACAGGAAACAAGUUUGGCUGAUUGCCAGAUUGGCAGGCUAUCCGGAUAAGAAAAAUGAAAACAGAUCUGGCAGAUUGCCAUGUACGACAAAAAAUAUAUGAAUAAUAAGCAAAUAUUACAUACGACUUGUACAUGAAUGAAUCAAGGUCAUUAAUUUAUAAUCAAAUCGUGAUUCCACAGGGACAUCCAAGAUAGUCGUAUUUGUAUGGAUUUAGAAUGAGUAUCUUCUGCAUUUGAAAACACAUCAAACACUUGAUAUCAACAAUCUGGAGCAUUUCUAUAAGCUCUGAAGACCUUUACAUUCGACAUUAAAGACAAUUUCAUCAGCUGUGUAAGCUCUUCAAAUCAAUAUUGUAGGUGCUUUUGUAAUGUUUUUCAGGUCCUUCCUGUCAACCAUAUAGGACUUUUAUAUCAAUAUGAUAGGAUUUUUGUGAUUCUUAUCAAUAUAGCAAGUCCUUCGCGUGAAGAAUGAAUGUCCCUUUUAUUAGCUUUUAGAUUCUUUCGUACAAGAUAAAUGAUUCUUCCUGUCAGCAAUGCAAGACAGUACUAUCCUCCUAACAGCAUCGCUGACCAUGUUUGUCAGCAGUGUUUGUGCUUUCAUGAAUAUAUUUAACGAAUCAUGUAAGUAUCUAUGUCCUUUCAACAUUACAGUUGUUCCUAAGAAAGUUGCAGGUGAUUCAGUCAGUAUGGUUAGCGCUGCCUAUUAGCACUAUAGGUUACUUCUAUAAUCCUAUUGGCAGUCAAUGUCCUUGCUGUCAACAAUGCCGGCCCUUCCUAUCCUUCAUGUCUACCGCCCUCUUAAAUGGUUCUGAGACAACGUGUGCAUAAAACGAAUUGGAACCACUUCCUUACCCUUGCAUAGUCUUAAAAGGCGUCUAAUAGUGUAUUAACACAGGGGAAAGAAAUAAUUCGUGAAACGAUAAAUUUUAGCUUUUUUUGGCACCAAAGCCUGUGCCGUUUCCGUGAGAGUUAACAUCCUAAUCAGCAAAUCAACAUUUCUACAUUUUCUAUUUCAUAUCAGCAUGGCAGAUUCUUCAUAUCAGCAAUACAUCUUCGUCAUAAUAAUAUUUCUGGUCAUUCAAUGCAGGUUUACAGUUCAUGCCUAGUAUGGUGCAAGCCUUUCUCCUCAGCAUUGUAUGCCUUUCGUAUAUCAUCAUAGGCACUUCGCUGUACCGUAGGAAGCCCUUUUUAUUCUGCAAUUUAUCAUAGCAUGUCCUUCCUAUCAGUAUUGUUGGUACUUCUGAAAAAACUCCGUCAUUCGCGCUAGAAUAGGCGUGUACGAAAAGCGAGUAUACCGAACUGAUCAAAACAGUCCGAUAUGGAUUACAUACUGGAUACGAAAUUCAAUCAAUACUUCAUUACUUAGCUAACCUGUCAUGUGACAAACAUUUAGUGGGAUCCCAAAAGAAAUGCACACACACGAUAUCUUUUUAUCUGCCAAGCUGUUUGUUUAUGUGUUUAUAUACAGAAUACUGUUGUAACCCGCAUAAUAUAUUUAAAGCUAGUGAUGAACGUGCGGAUAGUUUAAUAACACACCAGGAAAAUGUUUGACAUGAAUAUACUUUCUGUCGUGCACAACAUGCAGUCGGAAUUUGAGUGUAAAUGUUUUAUGGUGUUAUGGACUUUUUUGACAUGUAUCAGAAAGCCAUAGAAAAUCAUGGGAUCAGCGGUAUCCAUAAGACCGCUAAGUGUUUUUGAAAAAGGAAAAUCUCUUUUGACUUCAAAACAACAUAUCUUUGAAAGAUUGUACAUUAAUUGUCCUUACCACUGCUAUGAUAUAAGUAACAUUAUUGCGACAAACAUACGUGAAGCCAACUCAAGUCACCUCUACACAAGCAGAUACGAUGGUUCCCAUCCAAUGUUAAAUCGAAGGACAUUAGAUAGAGGAAAAAAAUGUUCUGCAUCUGAAUCUGAUAUAAACGCGAUUGGAACUGUUUUUAUUGUUUUAUUAUUUAUUUAGUAUAAAAGUACCAGAAAACGUUAACAAGAAGCUUCUUGUCUAAUAUUUGCAAUAUUUACCCUGUGAUAUUUGUGAAUAUCACAGUAUGGCUAGUUGUUGCAUUGGUGACCAAUUUUCUAUACAAGAAUCGUUCCGUGACGUUAAUGAUGAACGGAGCUCAAUCGUCUUCCUAACGGACAGACUUUUAGAUUGGGUGGACGUCGUGUGACAACAAACAGAUCUUCAACGAUACGUUUGUUUGAUAAUGCCCGGCCGUAUAUCGGCACAGUGGGAAGUACUAGGAGAUAUGUAGAGAGCAAAUACCAGUACAGUGUGAAGGGAACAAACUCAAGUAUCCAAAUUUCCAGAGUAUUGAAGAGAGAGUUUCAUCCUUUGAAAAGUGGCCGGUUCAGAUCAUACAAACCCCAAGCCAAUUAGCUGAAGCUGGUCUUUUCUUUACGGGCUUUGAUGAUUGCGUAUGCUGCUUUGUUUGUGGUGGUAAUCUACGUCGUUGGUGCAUCAAUGACGAUCCGUGGACAGAACAUUGUCGUUUGUUCCCGUUAUGUCUGUUCGCUCGGGAACAGAAAGGAGAUGAAUUCAUAGACCAGACGCAAGCAGUCGGUUCGGAUUUAGGAAAUGGGGAUAAUGUUUCCGUGGAAAAACAGCUCAUUGUUAGAGCAGAUAUGGAGGAACUGAGAGGCGCGUUUCUAGAGAUGGGAAAUGAGGAUUCCGUUUUCAGGAAAGCUAUUUGGCACCUUAGAAACUUAGGAAUCUUACAUCCCACUGUUGACGAAAUCGCCGAAGUUGUCAGUGCAGUGAAAGAUAAACGAGAAUGCCAUUCGGACAGGCAAGAAUAUGAGUCAUCUUUGCGGGAAAAUCGCCGUUUGAGAAGUAUUGUAUUCUGCAUGUUAUGCGGAACGAAUAACGUAGAUACUCUUUUCCUGCCUUGCGCACAUAACCGGACAUGCAACGGAUGUGCGGGGAAACUGAAAGUGUGUCCGGCUUGUCAAAGAAAUAUAGAAGAGAAAAUACAAACAUCAAUGACAAAAAGGAUGUAAUGUGCAGUAAUUCGUUUUAUCAAUGGUUGUUUUACAAACUAUACAAUGAUAGUUGUAAAACGAUUUUGUUGUGUAGAGAGUUAUGUUGAAAAGAAGCAUAGACGAAUGAGUCGUCUAUAACAUCAGUGAAAAAUGCAGCAUGAUUAAAAGACCGCUUCAAUAGACUUGUCACGUUUUAUUACCCACCGCCAGGAGACGUUGGGUUUAUUGGUAUGCUAAUUUAUUUUUCGCGUGUGGGACAUGGAGCAAGUCAUGUGACAGGUUUUCGAUACUGUACAUAUUUUUUAUUCGUGGAUGUGUUUAUGUAUAUAUAUUUCAUCAUUUUUUUGAAAAUAAGAAAAAAAGUUAGGUCACGUAACACGUUUCGACCAUCUUCGUAACACACCGAAAGUUACGACCAUCUUCAACUUUCGAUUUCGGGUGGCUGUAAUCUAGUUCACACGAUCCUUUUGUUUACAUUUUUAUUUUUACAAUUUUCGCCUUUCAUGUGGUACAUUUGGCUUAGAUACAAGAAUUUUAUAAUUUGAUUGUAAUGUAGGAUUAUCACGAUUAUCGGAGAUUUGUAGAAUAAUGCGUUUUGUUUAUCUUAAAUUGUAACAACGGAUUGAUGCGUAUGACGUCAUCAUUUUCUGCGUACAUAACAUGUUUGUACAAACAAAUAAUUAGCUGUUCAAUGAGAUGAUAACCUUUGAUAGAGAUAUGUUUGUUGAGUAAAUGGAAAUGUGCUUACAUUACAUCUGUAAGGAUUCUGGUUAGGAAAGUGUGGUUAGUUUGCAUAAACUAUAGAUAUUAGACUUUUUAGUAUAUAUUAUAUAUAUUAGAUUGCCAUGACCUGUAAUGGCCCCAAUUGUUUUUGAGAUCAUUAGCCCACAAAACAUUGCUCACAAUAAAAAAGACUUCUAGGACUGAUCUGAAUACACAUUCCUGACGGCGGAAAAACUUUUGAUUUAUUAAUACAUGUGGUCGUGCUUUCGGAAAUAUAAAGAGAAAUCUGUUGACAUAUAUUCGCUCACUUGUAUCUGGAAGGAUUGACCACACACUUACAAAUAAUAAUAUAUACGAACAGAUCCUUUGGAAGCACAGAACACAAUCAAGCAAACUAGUAACACACUUGUUUUGACUGAAUCUGUUCAUGAGAGGUAUUACAAUGUGCAACAACUCUCAUGCCCUCUUACACAGGCUUAAGCGGAAUUCUACUAUUGUAAAAUUGAAAGUUUUCCAAAGGACGUAAAAUAUAGCAAUACGUAGUCAAAGUUCCGGUAGACUUCUUACAGCCUUCUUACAGCCACAAGGCACUUAAAGGCUCAUGUUGUGAUGCUGAAAUGAUGCUAACGAAUCGUAGAGCGCAACCAAGUUAAUGUUGAAGUAUAAGAUAUAAAAUAUCUAUAGUUUAUAUUGUGAAAUGGUUUUGUCUUACAUGAGAUAAACAUUUUUGCGAAAUCUAAAGGCAAGUAUGCGCUAUGUGUUUUCAAUACUUCUUAUUUUAUACCUUAAUGUAAGAGAUCAUUAUGUAGUUUUCAUCUUGCAACAUGAAAGUAAAAUUUUGCACACACUUGUACAUAGCACACGCUCAUACCUGCGUUUUAUGUUUGUAAGAUCUCGCUUUUUUCAUAUCUCUACUUUUCUACCUUUUUUCUCCAUUUUUUUCUUUCUUGUCCAAGUGUCAUUCUUUUUUCUACUAACUGGUAUAGUCUACGUCUAUGUUCUUGUUAUCCUUUUGUACAAACUGCCUAGAGAAUCAGGAAAUAUUGAUAUCUUAUCGUCUUGUCGAUUUUUUUCUGAAAUUUGAUUUUUAUAUAUUGAAACCGUUUAGUUUGUAAUACAACGUCACAAGUAAAAUAUCUUUCCACAAAAAAAAAAAACAAGUGGCUAACACCUUUCAUGAAUUUUUCAAACUUGAGAGAUUUGCAAACUUAUAAUAAAUGGUGCUGUAAUUUAUCAUCUCCAGUUGUGUCAUAAUUUUGUUGAUGAUAUUUGGCCAUUUCCAUCAGACUUGCCGGGUCAGGUAGUGGCGGCGCGUAUUUCAACAAAUAUUUUAAAAAGCAUUGACGUCAAUAAAGCUAACAGGUUUAUGCUAUUAACACACCAAGUAUAGAGUUAGCCUGGCAGAAUUGUGAUACGUGUGUAAAACUAGUUGCGUAAAGAUAAUUUAGGGAAGUGAUUUCUUUCGGACAGAUGCAUGUAUAUUUUCAGUCAGCUAGAACUGUUUCAAAAGAAAAUUAUUUACUUUGAUAGAUGUUACUUUUUUGCUAAGCCUUUACUGUGAAAGAUAAACGUAUAUAGAUAACACUAAGCAGAGACUUUUAAAACGGUGCAUUCAACCACAAAUACAUCUGUUCAAUAGUACUUGUCUUUCUUUUGAUCACUUUAGAGAAUGUAUAUGAUAUAAAUUUAUUCUGAAUAUUUCCCAAUUGAUAACAAUUGUCGUUUUCAUGUUUCACACUAGACCACAAAAUACGGAUGAAAAUAAAAGGAAAAAACGUUGGAAAUUUUCUGAAAUGCGGCGACAUCCUUGAGUUCAUUAUCUGUGCAUACACUGUGAUUGAAGAAACUGGAAAUGGUGUCGUUAACGAUUUGAUGGAUGAUUAUGUAUAGUUUGGUAUACUUUUGUAAAUUUAUUUUCCAUAACACGACUUCCAAUAUCUUUUUAUAUAUUAGUUUAACUAUCACAACAACUUUAAGUAUAAUGCAGUGGAAGUAAAACAUCUCCAUUAAUUUCACGCCGUCUUGUCAUAUUUUCUAGAAUAAUAGAGUCAAAUAAAUGCCCGUUUAAAAGAGUUCUACUCAAGAUAGUUCUGGGAGUGGGCAUGAGAAGUGUUUCACAUUUCAUUAACUGUCGUGAAAAGCCUCAUGAUAUGAUUUUGCUCCGUUUUGUCUUUAUAAAGAUUUUAUUCUAAAACAUUAUUUUCAUUAGUUCCGUUUAGAACAUAUGUAUUGUAUGAUCGAUUCAAUAUUGUUGACACAUUGUGUAUAUAAUGAGAUACCGACCAUGUGUGAAUAUGCAAAUGUCCCCUUCAGAACAGAACGCCUCAUUUUUUAAAACUUAAAACGAUACUGCACCCAGCUGGUAUCAUAAGGACGAAUUUCUCACGGGACUAACACUUUUUGACUUUCAAAAUGAAUGUUUCUGAUAAAACUAUAAGAAAAUGAUAGUUAUUCCAUGGCUAAAUCAAUAAAUUCUGUUAAAAUCAUAGGUUUAGGUAGUGGACCUUGCUGUGUUUUAAUAGUAGCAGCCUUUACUUAUUAAAAAAACGCUUGUAAUAAGAAAUUUGUAACUUUUUAUACAAUAACAAUAACGUUGAACGAUCAACUUAAAGCAGCAUGCCUCCAGAUUUGGCUAAAAAAUAAUCUUUCUUUCAAAUUUAAGUUCCCGACAUCGUAACCAAUAGCGCUAUAGCUGAAGUAGUCAAUAAUGACUUCAAAAUAUAGAUAUUUAUAAUCGAGACAGUUUACCUGGAGUAACAGCGUGACAAACGCUUUUCGAUUUUCAUCGUAAAAAGUAGUAAAAACAGCAAAUUCUCAUGUGUUUCCGUAACAUAAAGUUUGUCAGUAAUUAAGUUUUAAACCCUUCUUAAGAAAUAUAGCAUUUAUUUCAAGAUAUCUUAAAGAAAUAUUGUUUUGUUUUGUUGUCGAACGAUCUGGAGGCAUGCCGCUUUAAACCAAGAGAUUUAUUUUAAAAUAUAAAUACACGUCCUUGACAUAUUUUUCCGACCAGGAAGUUAAAUAUGAAGAUCACAUUUAAAUAUUUAAAGUAUUUAUAACGUAAUUCAAUUCAGAAAGCACUUGCUGGAAUGACUUAUGUUAAUAUCGUUGAAAACAGUAACUGAAUACGAAACAUGUUCCCUUUUAGUUAAGUGAGACAUAAGAUUUAAUUUCAGUAAGGUAAGCGCAUCAUUUAUAAAUAGUAACAAACAGAGAUUCGUUUUAAAUUUGCAUGCAUCUUAAAAUGAAAAGAUGCUGCUGCAAUAUUGUGAAGUGUUUAUGCAGUCGCUUACUAUAUUUUACUAAGAGAAAGUUAACAUUUUUUCGUAAGAAACAUUUGUAAUACUGUUAUAAUUAUUUUCUGAAUAAGAUUAUCUGACUGUUCUCAGUUUACACGGUUACUCGGCUUCUUAUCAUGCUUCUCAAAUCACACCGACAUCCUGUUUACAUUUUGGGGGAAAAAACGGGCAUUCGCAGUGCAAUAGUCCACUUCCUGUUGACUCCCAUAAUCAGCCAAUCAUUUUAUUGCAAACAAUUUGUGUGGUAAUUUCAAAUUCAAAUCAGUGUUGUUAAAGAGAUUUUAAUCAUGUUUCUGCAGAUAAAAACAGGAUACCAUCCAAAAAGAGGCAUGCCAUUUGUGCUACGGCAUGGUGUCACAGAAACUUUUCCGUUUUUCAAAGUAUAUUUCUAAAGCUGACUUAAUCGCUCAUUAUAAAAGAAUAAAUUUAUUCAAGAAGGGUAUUUAUGACUCUAAAAAUCUUAGCCGUAUUGAGUGGAAUGUUGUCAAAAAAAUCAGACAUCACAUUGCUCGUGAUAUUCGUGAAGCGUAUGCACACCACCAGUAUACCAGCAACAGUGAUGGAUCCCACCCCAUGUUGAAUAAACGAACCUUGGAUCGAGGAGAAUGCUAACUGGUCAGUUUGUGUUUACUAUCUAUGUGUACGAGAACCAUUAUCAUAUGAAUUGACUCCUGACCAACAAUUUGAGUGCAAAGUGCAAUAAUAAUAGACAUUGUAAACAGACCAACUAUUCUGUCUACAUAUUUUCUUUUUUCAAAUGUUCAGAUAUGGCAAAUUAUUGUGCUAGAACUGAAUUCCCGCGACAGGUAUCUACCGAUCAAGCAAGCGAAGGUUUAAGUGAAAUUGCCUUCUCAAACGGAGCAACGUUUCUAUCAAUGUUCGGGGUGAAUGGUCACCGAUUUGUCAGAAACGGUAUUUUACAUGAACAACAGCAGUUCACAUAUACACGUUCAGCAGAAACAUCGACAGCUGCACGAAGACAGCCGCCGCCGGCGAAACAUCCUGACUAUACAGAUUACAGUGAACGGCUUAGAUCCUACGCAAGAUGGAGUCGUUCAAAUCCAAGUCCUGUGUGUCUUUCUGAAGCUGGCUUUUUCUUCACUAAUCAAGGUGAUUUGGUACGCUGUUUUCAGUGCGGUAUAGGUCUCAAAGAUUUCUCGGGAGGGGACGAUCCCCUACUGGAACAUGUACGAUAUUCGGGAAAUUGUCUGUACCUUCUUGAACAUCUUGGAACUGCAAGUUUGUCUGCAAUAAAGAAGAAGUGUCAGACAGAGCAAGUACAAGGGAUUGGACAACAACAGUCAAACGCACAGUGUCGACAGCCUGAGUACAAGUGCUAUGAAGUCCGUCUUUCAUCCUUCAGUGGAUGGCCGCAGUAUUUAACCCAAAGACCUGAAGCAUUAGCCGAGGCUGGACUUUACUAUACUGGAUCUGAAGACCAUGUGCGCUGUUUCAUGUGUGAUGGCGGGUUACGGCACUGGGACACAGAGGACGACCCUUGGACAGAACAUUGUCGAUGGUUUCCGGCUUGUCAGUAUGCCAGAGAAAAGAAAGGCGAAGAGUUUAUAGCACUUGUUCAGGCUUCAGCAGAAUAUAAUGAAGAGGAAACUGAGACCACUACACAAGGGGAAAUUGCCGGCAGCGAAGCUCAGAUGACACUUAGAGAUCCAGAGUUCAGAGCUGUUCUAGAUGAACAUAAAAAUGCUUGUCUAGAGAUGGGAUAUGAGCUGGCAGACUUUAACGCAGCAGUGGAUGAUUUGCGAAAUAUGGGCACUAUUAAGCCAAUACUAGAAGACGUUCUUGACAUGGUGGAGGUUGUAAAAGAGAGGGAAAAAAGCCAGCAAAGAGCUCUUGAAUUAGAACAGCGUCAUCGUGAAACCCCUCUAGAAGAAAACCAGCGUCUGAAAAGUUUAAUAAUCUGCAUGUCAUGUGGCAAAAACAACGUAAACACUUUGUUUAUUCCGUGCACGCAUCACCGUGUGUGCAUGGAGUGCGCGGAACCACUAAUUGAGUGUCCAGUUUGCGGAAGAAACAUCAGACAGAAGGUUAGAACAUUCCUGGUGUGAAUUUCUUAUUCCUUCAUCCCCAAUGAUCAGUAUUGUAUAUCUGCACUUUUUAUCAACGUCACACAAAGGUGGAACAUAUCACUUCAUGAACAUACAUCAUGCCAAAAUUAGGAAUAUUCAUGAAUACUGUGCAAUAUAUUGGCUUUCAUACAUGUACUGAUGCUGUAAAUUGCCAUGUGGUAAUUUGUGAAAUAUGUAUUUUUUGUUGGACAAGGGCGAAAAUGUAGAUUUGAAGUAAUAUUAGUUUGGUCUAGACGGGAUACAACUUCCUCAAAUAUGUUCAAAGUUUAGACUCAUAUAUAUCAAAGGCGUAGACCAUUUUUACAUUUGUAUAUACAUGUAGGUAUCCCAUAUGACAUUUAACCCUGUCCUCGGAGGACAACCAUUCCAUUGCGCCAAACAUGUUUUUUGAAUUUUUAUAAAUGAGGUUUGUUAAUUAUUUUUCUAGCGCUCUCAUUUUAUUUUUCGUUAUCAUGUACAUAUCAAAUAAGAACGUAUUCCUUUGCUCCAAACGGUGCAGUAAUAAGCUUACGCUACCAAAAAAAAUCCUGGAUGGCAACUCAGUAGUACCACCGACCUUCCACUAGCCAUCUUGUUGGCUUCUUCAUACGAAGAACUGAACGGCUCUAUCGAUACUGAAGACCACGUUAAUAAGGGACAAGUGAUUUGAAGUCAGCGACAUUAACCACUCUGCCACAAAUUCACAUCACAAGACCUAGUUACAUUGAUAUGACACGUAAUGAUAAACCAUGUGAUAUUACACGUGAUGAUAAACCCAUUUUGUUGCCAUUGGUCUAUAAAAUUGAGUGUUUGAACAUUUUUAUUCGUUUUUGGUAAGGUUAUCAAACUUUGAGGAUUUUCGGUAUUUGUUCAGUUACAAGAUAUGUGGAAAAAAUCAGUGUAUCCGUUAGUUUUAUCUCCGUUAAAUUCGUUUUAGGGGAUUCGAUAGCUUUUCUAUUGUUGACUAAAAACGCUAAUAUUGAUGAAUUUAUUUGUAUAAUGUUCUGCGUUUCGUGAAAAUCACAUUAAAAUGUACUUUGCACAUUACAUUACUACGUAUAUCCCAAUUUAUUCUUUGCUUUCACAUUAUCAUAUAGUUUUGUAUGCAUCACAUUUCAUUGAAAUUUGAAUUGGAUAGCAGUAAAAGAAGUUUAAUAGCUGAAUAUGUUACCAAAGUGAUAACUUUAAAAAAUACGAACAAGGAACUGGUAAGUACUUGUGUCAGGUACGUUCUAGAAUUUUAAUAGAAUAAAUGUGUAUAUAUGUACAUAAUGUCCUAAUUGAUAAAUAACUAGUAUGUAUGUAAUUUAUUUCUUCUAGUGCGGGGCUGCUAAUCAGUAUAUUUUGGGUUAAUUGAUUUCUUAAGACAAUUUUUUUCUCACACACUUUUGAUACCACUUUAACUUGAAAUCUUUUUCGAUCCGAAUUAUUUUAAGUAGUCUUUAUCAUUAAUUAGCAGCCUCUUUCUAGUCUUAUUAUCUAAAUAUAUAUCUUAUUUUUUUGUUUCACUCCUUUUGAUUAAAUAGAUAUGUGCACAUUACUUUGAUAUAUAUUAUGUAUGUACAUGUCUAGAUAAAACAUUAAUAAGUACCCUGUAUAAAGUAUCUGCUAUGUUAUUUCGUUGUUACAUCUAUUUAUUUCGUUGUUACAUCUAUUUAUACGCCCGUCCGCUUAGCUCAGUAGGUAAGAGUGUUGGUCUACGGAUCUCGGGGUCGCGAGUUCGAUCCUCGGGCGGGGCGUAUGUUCUCCGUGACUAUUUGAUAAACGACAUUGUGUCUGCAAUCAUUAGUCCUCCACCUCUGUUUCAUGUGGGGAAGUUGGCAGUUACUUGCGGAGAACAGGUUUGUACUGGUACAGAAUCCAGGAAUACUGGUUAGGUUAACUUCCCGCCGUUACAUGACUGAAAUAUUGUUGAAAAACGGCGUUAAACCCAAAAAACAAACAAACAAACAAACAUCUAUUUAUAAAAGUAACGGUUUCUUAAUGGGAGACAACCCAUGCAUGCUUGAAAAUGUAUAUUACAUAAAUAAUUGAUACUGUAUGACCUCGGCGUUUGAAUAUAUGUCAUCAAAAUAUCUUGCUUUUCGUAACGUUAUAAGUUUGUAUACAAUUCAUCUGUGAAAUAUGUACAUGUAUCAUUUGCAUCGAAUUAAAUCCACAUUUAUUUGUAUUACCUGAUUUUAGGUAGGAGGCCGUUUGCAUAACACUAGCUCUUGUACAAGUAUCAAAUUAUAAUACACGUUUGUACACUUUGCACAUACAAACAAGCUAAAGAUAAUUAUCCAGUAAAUAUAUGUACGUAACUUUGUUUUUUUAUUUGGUUUGUGGUUUGUUCAUUUGUGGUCUGCUUAAUUGCACUGUGUAAGUUCGAGGGACACUACGUAUCGUAUUCGAAUUUACAAAAAAACAUGAUAGAAGAACAAAAAAGAAUCAUAUAUAUAUAUUAUUUUUACUAAAAGAGAUUUCCAUGUAUAUUUAUGUACAUGUGUUAAUGUAAAUAUUGUAUUUAAGUUUUCUUGACACAUAACAGUUGUUAUGCAUAAGAGUAAUCUAAGUUUCUUAGAUAAUAGAUAUGAGCCGUGCCAUGGGAAAACCAACAUAGUGGGUGUGCGACCAGCAUGGAUCCAGACCAGCCUGCGCAUCCGCGCAGUCUGGUCAGGCUCCAUGCUGUUCGCUUUUAAAGCCUAUUGGAAUUGGAGAAACUGUUAGCGAACAGCAUGGAUCCUGACCAGACUGCGCGGAUGCGCAGGCUGGUCUGGAUCCAUGCUGGUCGCACACCCACUAUGUUGGUUUUCCCAUGGCAUGGCUCAAUUAUGUUUCAAGUUUCAGUCCGCGACAACCUUGUAUUAGCAACUACUUCAUAGUUUUGCCUUGUUGUAUAAAAUAUAGUGAUGUAAUAGUUUGUUCAAAUGUGAUAUAUUUUCAAGUCAAUAUGACAUUUCACAAAUAGAGUGGCAGAGUAUUUUUCUUUUUGCUGACUAUAUUUUGUUCUAAUUUCAUUCUUAUUAUGUUAUAGUGUACAUGGAUGAAAUAGAAAUGGGGAAGAAGUCAUUAACUAUUAAGAAUUUUAUAGUGUAUAAAUAUCUACAACUAUUGUCUUGUAACUUUCAAAAUAUAAACAUAUUUUAUCUCUAUCUGUCCUGAGUAAGCCCUUUCGAAAAUUUGUGUCAUAAUCUAUUUAUUCAUAAUAACUAUGUUGAUAUAGUAGCUUAGAGUUAUAGCUUAUUUUUAGGUUACUCUAAGUAGUAUAGUCAUUUCUGGAAAUUAGAAUUCGGUCACAGUAUAGGGUGUUCUGCUCACCAUUGGUCGCGUGAUAAUUACCUUAUCACUUUGUUUCAAUUACUGUCAUUUAUAAAAUCUAUUUAAAAUGUUGUUACUAAAUGCAUGCAUAUGCCUGCAUGCUUAAAUCAACCAUGUAAUGUUGAAUAUGUAUAUCUCUUGCAUUGUAUACUCAAAGAACUGUAACAGGUUUCGAGUAAACAAAGGUAUGGUCUGUUCUGUUCUGUUCAACUAACAAAUGAUCUCUUUACGUAUAAAUACGUCAAUACAUUAUAUAGCUAGUAUUAAUGCAAAAAACUUUGCAUUUCGGCACACCGCAGCGGGGAAAGAAAUUAGAGAGUCCUAGGGAUGAUGAACCAGUUUUUCAUAUUUGCAUCAUUCAUUAAGAACGACGUCGCUAGGCUCAGUAUAUAUUAACUUAUUUUCACCGAAAGUCUCUUGACCUCUUUUCAUUAUUUUUUGUUAAAAAAUAAAUUCAUAUUACAUCUCUGACACUGUAAAUAAUGUUUGUUUUUAUUUCUUAAUCAUUUGUUUCAUUUAUAAUUUAUUUCUGAGUAGUUGUCGUAAAAGUGUCAUCUAUGAUUUGAGGCACAUAAUAAUAUGAGAUUUACUGACAUACUAUAUAUUCAAUAUUAAAUCAACUAUACAUUAUGUUACAAAGUUUUAUUGCCGCUUACAUUUCAUGCUAAUAAAUAAGUAACAAUA